AUGGCAGGCUCUAAGAGUCAUGGAACAAGUAAUUUAUUAAGUCAUUUGAAAAAUUGUACAAAGUAUCCAUAUAGGGAUACUCAUGGGCAACAAUCAUUGGGAUUUAAACCUAGAGAAGUUGGUGGUAGGGAUACUCAUGGGCAACAAUCAUUGGGAUUUAAACCUAGAGAAGUUGGUGGGGAGGGUGUUGUUGAUGGUGUGGCUACGUCAUUUUCUGUAGAAGUUGCUAGAAGGUAUAUUGCAGAGAUGAUAGUAAUUGAUGAAUUGCCCUUUAGAUUUGUGGACGGGGUUCGUUUUAAGAGGUUUUGUAAUGUCAUGCAACCCAAGUUCAAGAUCCCAUCUCGAUAUACCGUUGCUAGAGACAUUCUAGACAUAUACACCAACAAAAGGGAGAGGUUGAAGAAAAUUUUACAAAAGAGGAUCAUAAAUUUUUCUCAAGUUGAAGACCACAAAGAAGAAACUAUUGGUAAAAAGAUUAAGGCACUCUUAAAAGAGUGCGACAUUGAUGGCCUUUUUACCUUAACUGUUGAUAAUGCGAGUUCCAAUAAUCUAACCAUUAGAUUUUUGAAACGAACCACAAAACUGUGGAAUGGAAUUGUCUUGGGCCAUGAAUUUUUACACAUGCGUUGUUGUGCGCAUAUUCUAAAUCUCAUUGUUAGUGAUGGAUUGAAGGAUCUUGAGUCGUGUACAGCGAAUGUGAAGCAUGUGGUGAUGCAUGUGAGGUCUUCUCCAAACCGCAUUGACACUUUUAAAAAGUAUGUGGAAAGUUUGAAAAUUGAGAGUAAGAGUCUCUUGUGCCUAGAUGUGCCAACACAGUGGAAUUCCACAUAUCUUAUGUUGGAGGCAGCAGAAAAAUUUGAGAGUGUUUUUCAAAGAAUAGGUGAGGAGGACUACAAUUACAAACACUACUUUUUGGAUAAUGAAGGGGGUGAGAGGAGAGAGAUACCUACAGCCGAGGAUUGGGAUAAUUGUAGGGUGUUUUUGAAAUUUCUUAGAAUGUUCUACAAUGCCACAAAGAGAUUUUCUGGGUCUUUAUUUGUUACAUCAAACACAUUCUACAUUGAAAUUUUUGUCAUUGAAAAUAUGAUUGGACAAUUAAUCAAAGACAAUGAUCCUAUUUUGUCUUCAAUGGAAAAGAAAAUGAAAGACAAGUUUGACAAAUAUUUGGGAAAUGGGGAUAAAAUCAAUCUACUUUUGUAUGUUGCGGUUAUACUUGAUCCUCGAAGAAAAAUGACAUACUUAUAA